UCACAGCGGUGAGCAUCCUAUUCUUCAUCGGGAUUUAAGACCCUCGAACGUUCUUCGAGAUGUACAAGGAAAUUUUUUAGUCGCUGACUUUGGUAUAAGUCAUAUGUUAUCUGAUGAAACUUCGACACAUUGGAGCAUACAAAGAGGAGCUAAAUAUUGGAUAGCUCCAGAGUCAUAUAACGCAUCAGAUGAUACAAUUAAUAAAGUUCGUUACAAAAAAGAGUCUGACAUUAUGAAUGCCGGAAUGGUGGCUUAUUAUGUUGCAACAAAGGGGAAACAUCCUUUUGGAAUUGAACGGCAUAGAUUGGACAACAUUUUGAAAGGAAACCCAGUUGGCUUGGACGAAAUCAAGGAUGCCACGCUCAAAGACCUUUUAUCGUGGAUGCUACAGCUAAAACCGGAAGACAGACCAUUGGCCAACGAAGCGUUAAAACACCCUUAUCUACAAACCGAUAAGGAGAAUUUCGAUUUUCUGUGUGAUGUUGGGAAUGAACCAGAAAUAAAGACAUCAUCUCCACAUUCUCUUCCCUCAAAUCUUCGUAAGCAGUUGAAUCUUUCAAUAAAUUGGAUGGACCGUAUCGAUCCUGAAUUCUUUAAUCAUUUCAAUAAAGUAUCCGACUCUACAUGGUUAGGUUGCCUAAGAUUUUUACGAAACGUUCGCCAGCAUUGGCAUGAUAAACCUCGUCCACAACUGUCAUCAUGUGUUAAAGAUGGAAACUAUCAAGAGUAUUUUCUUCAACUUUUUGAGGAACUGCCUUAUCUAGUUCACAGAGCCAUAAGAUUGAGUGCCUGGAAGGCAAGACCUGAUCUAGAGAAACAUUUUCCAAACAGUGAACAUCCUGUAAAACUUAAAGAAGGCAAGAGAAAGAAAAGCGAAGGUGUUAUUGACUACGCUGAUCUUAACGACGAGAUCAACGAUUUGUCAGAUAUCCAAAGAUAGUGAAGAGUACCUACGAAUCAUGGUGAUUUAGAGACUUUGGCAUAUUUUUAUCGUAUGACAGAAAAUCCCAGAAGAAAAGAGGUGUCUGCUCGAAAUAUCAAGGUGUAUGUUUUAUUAUCUGUGGAUUUUACAAUGAUUCACAGUUUGUUUAUCAUCAACCAUUCAGGGGAUAUAUUUCUGGAAAAACAUUGGAGAAGUGUUUUGGGAUGCUCUGUUUGUGAUUUAUUCUUCGAAGCUCAAGGAAAGGCUACUUCUCCAGAAGACAUUCCUCCUGUAAUUGCAACAGGAUUCAGUUAUCUCAUCAGUAUAUUUCGCCAUGAUCUCUUCUUUGUUUCUGUUGUUGAAAAUGAAGUUCCACCUUUGUUUGUGAUUGAAUUUCUUCAUCGAGUGGUUGACUUGAUCAAAGAAUAUUUCUCUGACUGUACUGAAACAAUCAUUAAAGAAAAUUGUGUCAUUGUAUAUGAGUUAUUGGAAGAGAUGUUGGAUAAUGGAUUCCCUCUUGCUACAGAGUCAAAUGUUCUUAAAGAGUUGAUAAGACCUCCUAGUAUAGUUAGAAAUGUUGUUAAUGAAGUGACUGGAGACAGCAAUAUGAGCAGUCAUCUCCCAACUGGUCAAUUGUCCAAUGUUCCAUGGAGAGGAACUGGUAUAAAAUAUGCAAAUAAUGAGAUUUAUUUUGAUGUAGCCGAAAGCAUUGAUGCCAUCAUUGAUAAACAGGGCUCCACCAUAUUUUCAGAAAUACAAGGAACUAUUGACUGCAACUGUAAAUUAUCUGGCAUGCCUGAUCUCAAUAUGUGUUUUACAAAUCCUCGUAUCCUUGAAGAUGUCAGUUUUCAUCCUUGUCUUCGCUUCAGAAGAUGGGAGUCUGAACGAAUUUUGUCAUUCGUCCCCCCGGAUGGUUGUUUUCGUUUAAUAUCAUAUAAUGUGGCAACCGGAGUAAAUAUGCUACCAUUGUUUGCAAAGCCUCGUGUCUUGUUUCAAGAGGGCGGAAGUGGAAGAUUUGAAUUGUCGAUAAGUUCAAAACCAGUUAUGGAUCGAGAAUGUUGUCGUGACUGUUCCAUUUCCUAAACAAGUUCUCAACCUUAACUUGACUACAAACG